AUGCUUCAAAUUUACUCCUCAUUCUAAUAUGUACCAAAUUAUACCAAUUACAAAUAAGUAGCAAAUUAUUUAUUAUAUACUGAACAAUUAAUCCAUUAAAAUUAACAAACACUAUUCUAUGACUAUACAUUAUUCAAUAAUUUCAUUCCAAUCAUAGUUCCAGCUUUUUAAUUUCAAAUUCAAAUUUUAUUACUUUUUAUCAUCUAAUAGAAUAAAAACAAACUUAAAUAAUCUAAAUUAUUAUCAACUUUAAUUAUUUUGAAUGAACUUUUCAAAUUUAAUUCAAAUGAUAACUAUUUUUUACCAUUUUUAAUAAUAACUGAUUUUAAGUGUAAAAUUUUUUUAAUAUUUCAAAUCGAAAUUUUACAAAAAAUUUAAAAAUUUUUAUUUUGA